AUGAACUUUCGUGCAAAAAAGGGAGAUCUCGUUCUGUUCACGUUCCCAAAGAGCGGCACCCAUUGGGUGGCGUACAUCAUGGAACUCAUCCUCAAGAGGGGCCAACCAAUCAAGACUUACAGGGAAUUCACGGAGAACAUGCGCAUUCUGGAGGUAAUUGGGUUAGAAGGCUGGAAAUCGAGCCUGCCGAUGAGGAUUGUGGCCACGCGCCCGCCACCUCGAAAGGAACUGAUGAGCGAUGAGGCGAAGUACGUGUAUGUAGCACGAAACCCCUGGGACGUGUGCGUCUCAUCAUACCACAUGUUCACCACGAUCAAAAAUCACGGCUUCGCAGACGCUACGUUCGAAGAAUUCGUGGACGCGUUCUUGGCUGGAGAGCUCGGUUUCGGGAACUUUUUCGACCACGUCAUCGCUGGGUACGCUCUGCGGGACGAACCCAACAUGUUCUUUGUCACUUACGAGGAACUUGCCAGAGACACGAGAGGCACGGUGCUCAGGCUGGCUCGGUUUCUGGGCCAGGAGUACGCUGCUGAGCUUGAAGGCGACGAAGCGAUGCUGGAAAAACUACUUCAAAGGUGCAAGGCAGAUUACAUGAGAGAUGUGAUUGUAAUAGACUUUGACGACAGCUCCGGCGGGGAUUGGCAGCGCACGCUUGCACGACUGAAUGUGGAAUGUAAGGAUUUCCGCUGUGGCGACGGAAAGAAGUUUACCAUCGUAAGGAAAGGCAAGGUUGGUGGCUGGAAGACCUACUUCACGCCAAAGCUGCUCCUUAGGAUGGAGGCGGCCAUACGAGAGUCCGCUAAUAAGUCUUCCGUCAUGGAUUUAUGGAAAAAUAUGCGAGACGAGGCACUGAUGGUUCUGGACGAAAGCUAA